GCAGCAGCAGCAGCAGAUAGAAUAAUGGCAGGAACCUCUCGGCAUGACCGGGAGAUGGCGAUAAACGCUAAAAAGCAGCUGAGUGAGUGCUCGGACCCGGUGGAGCGGCUGCGGCUGCAGUGUCUGGCCCGUGGAUCAGCAGGGAUUAAAGGCCUCAGCAGAGCUUUUCGGAUUAUGGAUGAUGACAACAGCCGAACACUGGACCUGAAGGAGUUCAUAAAGGGUCUGAAUGACUACGGGCUUCUGAUGGAGAAAGACGAGGCCAUUGCAGUGUUUCAGCAAUUUGACAAGGAUGGAAGUGGACAGAUUGACUUUGAUGAGUUUCUCCUCACUCUCAGGCCACCGAUGUCCAAUGCGAGGAAGGAAGUGAUCAUGCAGGCGUUUAGAAAGCUGGACAAGACUGGUGAUGGUGUGAUCACCAUUGAUGAUCUGAGAGGGGUGUAUAAUGUGAAACAUCACCCCAAAUAUCAGAACGGGGAAUGGACUGAGGAGCAGAUCUUCCGCAAAUUCUUGGACAGUUUUGAUUCUCCUAAUGAUAAGGAUGGACAGGUUACCAAAGAAGAGUUUUUAAAUUACUACGCUGGUGUGAGUGCUUCCAUUGACACUGACGUCUACUUUAUUAUAAUGAUGAAAAAUGCCUGGAAACUUUAAACUAACGUCUUCAAAUGUCUGCCCCAGGGUAAAGUGCUACCAGAUGGAACUCCUUCUUCUUUAAAAACAUCAAACCUGAAUCAAUCAGCAUGUGGACAACAGAUUACUAAUGUACCUGUCCUGAUUCAAUCGAACCAACAUCAGUUCUGUAGAGACUCUCUCUGUGUGUGUGGUUCAUUAAGGUCUGGCUGCAGAUUACAAACCACAAAAGGCAUGAUUUUGUGUAGAUGUAUGAAAAUCUUCAAAUAGGAAAAAGGUAUUCUUAUGUAUGUAUAUAUUUUCAUAGGUUUUGAUACAUAGCUAGAUAAUAUGAGCUAACCUGACAGGGUUACUGAGAGAAUUUUAGAAACCAUAUCAAAAACUGUAUCAUAAACAUUCAUUGUCUUAAAUGCUAAUGCUGGCCAGCUUGGUAAAAUAAUAACCUGACAGAAUUUCUUUGAGAAAUUUUCUUGUUUUAAU